ACAAGUCCAUUUUUCCUUCAUUUUUUUUUUUUUUUCAACGGGUGGGCACGUGCCGCCGUGCCAACAACGACGUUCCCAUCGGCAUCGUCAUCGUCAUCAUCGUCAUCAUCCCUGAGGCGGAGGCCUCCGACCGCACCGGUCGCAACGUUCCAAGAAACUGUCACAAGGUGACAAAUAUGAGGCCGAGUCUGCUCGUCGGCAGGCGUCGAGGUCCGAUCUCACUCGGGCUCACUCGGGCUCACUCGGGCAAAACACGUGGACGUUUUGAAAAAAAAAAAAAAAAGAUGGGCCAACACUUCCUAAACGGGCCCGCUCGGGGAUUAAUCAUUCAUUUGGAGGGCUCCGAAGCAUCCUCGCUCAAGGGCUGCUGGGAGAUAUAUUCUAAUGAAGACGGAGAACGCCGGGCUUCAGAAAAAAACAAACCCCAAAAAAAAAAAAACCCCAAGAGGUUUGGUUGUCAUUUGGAAGAAGUCUCGGACUUUCCGGAGAGCUCGGAGACCAAUCGCGGAGCUAUGAAUGCCGUCGUGGAAGCGGUCGCCUUCUUCUUGGGUUUUCUGGGGUGGCUGAUGGUGGGCAUCGCCCUUCCCAAUCGGUACUGGAGAGUGUCGACGGUGGACGGCAACGUCAUCACCACGUCCACCAUCUACGAGAACCUGUGGAUGUCCUGCGCCACCGACUCGACGGGCGUUCACAACUGCCGCGAUUUCCCGUCCUUGCUCGCGCUAAACGGGUACAUACAAGCCUCUCGAGCGCUCAUGAUCGCUUCGAUCGUGUUCGGGACCUUCGGCCUGGUGGGAACGCUGGUCGGGAUGCAGUGCUCCAAAAUCGGAGGGGACAACUACGUCCUGAAGGGCAGGAUCGCCGCCAUUGGGGGCGUCUUCUUCCUACUACAGGGAACGUGCACCAUGAUCGCCGUGUCUUGGUACGCAGCCAACAUCACACACGAGUUCUUUGACCAGGACUACCCAGGGACAAAGUACGAGAUCGGAGAAGGUUUGUACAUCGGCUGGUCCUCGGCCGUACUCGCCCUGUGCGGAGGCGGAUGUCUGGUGUGUGCGUGCGGCGUCGAUGAGCCGGGCCAAAAAAGGCCUUAUCCGUACCAGCCGUCCUCCAGGGGGCGUGUGCUGACCACCACAUCGCGCUCCACCCCCAGCAACUACGGAAGAAACGCGUACGUGUGACGAGUGGCCGAGAAGUGGUUUGAACCCGCAACCGCAUAUUCAACAGGAAGACGCCAUCAAACAGAGAAAUGUGCAGCUCAAUCUGAAACUUCUCUAUUUUUUUUUUUUUUUUUUUUACUCCUUUUUAAGACCAACUUGUAACAUACAUGCAUCGUGAUCUUUACGCAAACGUUGAAGUCGAACAGGACGGUAGUCGCGCAGUAAAGAUAGCAAUAUCUUUAGGGCGACGACCACGUGAUCGGGGCUGCAAUAUCGAGACUUCUGUGCAUUAGCAACCUCACUGAAACAAUAACGAGAAAUAAUUCUUGUCCCAGAAAGGGAUUUUUAGUUUUAGGUUUUUUUUUUUACAAGACAUGAUCAGAAUCAAAACCAAAUCAUUACCUUUGUACAUAUUUUACAAUCCCUAAUUUCCAGCUAUUGUGAACUCAAUAUCCCACCUGAUUGGGUUAUCGCAACAACGCUAACAUAAUAAGCCCCCCCCCACCCCCAUUAACAAAACAAUCACUGUGAACUUUAUGAAUUUGGGGAAAUAUUUAUGGUAUAGCUU